AUCACCUGGGGUUCCUCAAGUUCGUAGCAUCCUCCGCUCUUGCUCAACAGCUGAACUUGAUUUCAAGCGUUUCCAGCCGGAAAAACAAGCCGAAAAAGCCCCCGCCUCGAUUAAGACAAAUAAAACCACCUGAGGAAUCGUAGUUUCGUCACCACGGUUACUGCAAGGUGUUGCGAUGUAGCAUCACUCACGGCGACUCAGGCCUCCACGACAGUCCCAGAAGGAUAAUGUCACGAUGCGAUGACAUCCUUCCACUGCUAUUUAUGUCCUCUCGUCGUCUCAAAGAAAACGCUUUCUGUAAACAUCGUCGCUGAUUGCAGGUGUGAGUCUGUCAUUCGGAAAAAAAUAAACCUCACAGCCAAAAUCCCCAGUUGCUGUUACCAAAAUGGACAUUGCAAAACCACAAAACACUGUUUUCUGGUUUAUUUAAAUGCAGUUUAAAUUAUGUCUCUUUCAUGCCUUUACAUUUCAUAUAAGUUGGAAGAGAACAACUUGGCUAGAAGGACUCAGUUUAUUGAACUGAUCUCUAGAUGUUUAUUUUUGUCCUAUGCUUGUAAUCACAUUAAUAACUUUAAUGAAAAUGUUACACAGAUAUAUACUUUUUAAUGUUAAGUUACACAUAGGAAUGAUCUUCCUACGUCUCAUGGCAUGUUGUGUAUCUUUCUUUUUGAAGAAAUAAUACAGCAGACUGACAUAAUCUGAGGGAAAACAAUAUGAAUUUUGUUGAUGUUAUUUUCAUUCUUAGAAGCGGAAAUUCCAUGAAGACUUGAAUAGGGCGCCUGCGUCUCGAGCGUCUCCCGCCUCCUGCCCUACUGGCACAGGAAAGGGCUGUCAGAAAUGUGUCUGACGGAUAAAAAUAUUGUCAGGUUGGCAGGACAUGCUCUGUCUUGUCCAAGUUCGCAGAUCUCCCAGUGACAGCAGGAAAAUAGUUCCCGAAACGUGCCCACUUGUCUUUCAGGCGCAAUUUGCGACUAUAUUCAAAACAAGGCAAUUUUAAAAUUACAGUCAAGAAAGGUGCCUCAACAAGUGUGAACUGAAAGAGCGGGAACUAAGUGGAUUUAAUAAUCCGAGUAUUAUUUUUAAAUUCUUUUCAAAUGCUGCCAUUAACCCGCCUCAAUUAUUAAUGUAUAUCAUAUUAAACAUGUACAAAUAACAUUAAAAUCAAAUUGCCAUGAGCUCUUAAACGUUACACAUUUCCUACAUUAUCCAGGCUUUGGUUUAAUACAGGCAUCAAAGGGAUAGUUUUAUAUUGCAAUACAAAUACCACUUGCUUUCUCAGAAAGACAUGCCCUUAAUAAUAAUAUUCCUUGUUUUAUAGUCGGUCCCCCUUGUCCGGCCCUGUUUGUUGGUCUGGCUCCUCCCCCAGAUAUGGAAAUGAACCUUGUGCCAUAGAUAUGAGGGUGAAGAUGAGGUUUGCAGCAGAUUUCCAGCCUGCAUACAGACAGCCUCCUGGCUCACAGCCAACGUAUGCAAGUCCUCUCUAGCCAACCAGAAUUCCUGUUGCCGAUCACCUGACCUUGAAUUCCCAGACAAAGAAAUGCUUUUUUUUUUCUCUCUUUUUUUUUUUUAGAAGCAAGCUCCUUUAGCCUGAGAGUGGGGGGUAAAGAAAAAAUUUGAUCCACACAUUGGAUUUAAAGUUGCGUGCACCAGAGUUUAUGGGCAGAGAAAAAAGCCAAGCUGGCUUCCGUGAUGGACACCACAGAGGGGCCAGAGAGGCCUCAGCUCCAGAAGGAGGAGGACACCGUAAUCCCCAGUCCCCCGCCUCCCCAGCAGCAGCCCACCGACCCCGCGUCCCCAACCGUGGCCACCACCCCAGAGCCAAUUUCCGCAGGGGGCGGAGACAAAGCCACACCCCAGUCCGCGGACAUGGAGCUGGAGUACGAGGACGGGCGUGGUUUCGGGAUCGGGGAGCUGGUCUGGGGGAAGCUGCGGGGCUUUUCCUGGUGGCCAGGGCGCAUCGUGUCCUGGUGGAUGACCGGCCGGAGCCGAGCCGCGGAGGGGACCAGAUGGGUCAUGUGGUUCGGGGAUGGCAAAUUCUCCGUGGUGUGUGUGGAGAAGCUUUUGCCUUUAAGUUCAUUUUCCAAUGCCUUUCACCAGCCAACCUACAACAAGCAGCCCAUGUACAAGAAAGCAAUCUACGAGGUGCUCCAGGUAGCCAGUGGCAGGGCCGGUAAGGUCUUCCGCACUUGUCCAGACAGCGACGAAACAGACACUUCCAAGACCGUGGAUAUGCAGAACAAGGAGAUGAUUGAGUGGGCCAUAGCAGGCUUCCAGCCCACUGGUCCCAAGUGCUUGGAACCCCCUGAAGAGGAGCGUAAUCCGUACAAGGAGGUGUAUCCCGAGAUGUGGAUCGAACCUGAAGCCGCCGCCUACUCCUCGCCACCACCAGCCAAAAAACCACGCAAAAACACAGCAGAGAAGCCCAGGAUUAAGGAAAUCAUUGACGAGGGGACUCGAGAGAGACUUGUCUAUGACGUGCGGCAGAAAUGCAGAAAUAUAGAAGAUAUUUGCAUUUCUUGCGGAAGCCUGAACGUUUCCCUGGAACAUCCGCUGUUCACGGGAGGAAUGUGUCAGAGUUGCAAGAACUGCUUCCUGGAAUGUGCCUACCAGUAUGACGAUGAUGGAUACCAGUCCUACUGCACAAUCUGCUGCGGAGGACGCGAGGUGCUCAUGUGUGGGAACAACAACUGCUGUCGGUGCUUCUGCGUGGAAUGUGUUGACCUCUUGGUGGGUCCAGGGGCGGCCCAGGCAGCCAUUAAGGAGGACCCCUGGAACUGCUACAUGUGCGGCCAACAAGGCGUGUUCGGGCUCCUGGAGCGCCGGACUGACUGGCCCUGCCGCCUGCAGCAUUUCUUCGCCAAUAACCACGACCAGGAUUUCGAUCCUCCGAAGCUUUAUCCACCAGUCCUUGCUGAAAAGAGGAAGCCCAUUAGAGUCCUGUCACUGUUUGAUGGCAUCGCGACGGGCUUGCUGGUGCUAAAGGAACUGGGGAUACAGGUGGAAUGCUACAUUGCUUCAGAGGUGUGUGAGGACUCCAUAACCGUGGGCAUCGUGCGGCACCAUGGCCGCAUCAUGUACGUCGGGGACGUGAGGAACGUCACACGUAAACAUAUACAAGAAUGGGGCCCUUUCGACCUGGUCAUCGGAGGAAGCCCUUGCAAUGACCUCUCCAUCGUAAACCCUGCGCGCAAGGGCCUUUAUGAGGGCACUGGGCGGCUGUUCUUCGAGUUCUACCGACUGCUGCAUGAGGCACGUCCCAAGGAAGCCGACGACCGUCCAUUCUUUUGGCUCUUUGAGAACGUUGUGGCGAUGGGCGUCAGCGACAAGAGGGACAUCUCUCGUUUCCUGGAGUGCAACCCAGUGAUGAUUGAUGCCAAAGAGGUUUCAGCUGCCCACCGAGCCCGUUACUUCUGGGGUAACCUCCCCGGGAUGAACAGACCGCUAACGGCCAUGAGCAGCGACAAGCUGGACCUGCAAGACUGUCUGGAGCACGGCAGGACGGCCAAGUUUGGAAAAGUAAGGACCAUAACAACUCGAUCCAAUUCCAUCAAGCAGGGCAAAGACCAGCAUUUCCCUGUCUAUAUGAACGAUAAGGAGGACAUUCUGUGGUGCACCGAAAUGGAAAGGGUGUUUGGCUUCCCUGUCCAUUACACGGACGUGUCCAACAUGAGCCGGCUGGCAAGGCAGAGGCUGCUGGGGAGGUCAUGGAGUGUUCCGGUGAUCCGCCACCUGUUUGCGCCGCUCAAAGAUUACUUUGCGUGUAUUUAGACGACCCGCACUAUUACCACGAGCGAGAAAAAUCGAUGAGAAAUAGAGUAGAAAUACUCUUUACAUUUUACAGUUUUGUUUAAAGCUAGAUUUUUUUUUUGUUUACUUUAUUACUUGUAUUUGAAAUGCUAUUCUUUUAUAUUAUUUAAUUUUUGUAAUGCCAUUUUAAUUUUCAGCUUUGUUACCCAAUAUUAUACAAAAUGAUUUAUGUGUGCAAGCUGUACUUGAGGCAACACUUUUCUUUUUUUUUUACAGCACUGAUUAAAAACAAACACAUUGUCUGAUGAGAUUAUAAAACAUCCGAAGAAUAUCGUCCACCAAUACCCCUUUCGGUGCUCCUCAUGAUGAGAUUUUUACACAAACAAGCAGUAUAAGGGCUCGUCGUAGUUUCGUUUUGAUGGUGAUGCGUAGCUAAAAUCGAUAAAUAACAAUCAGGUAUUCAAAGAGAGGCUCACUAGUUCAAAACCACUAAUUCAACAUUAGAACACUGAAAGUACAUUUUUAUGAUUCGUGAACGUCUUAAACAAGCCAAUUUACCCUUUAGCUAGCCAGCUGAAUUAAGUAGCUACUAAUAGCUAUCAUUGAUUCUGUUUCGCUAAGCACAACAAAUGGCUUAAAUUUUACUUGAUCGAAUGUUGCCACCAAGCGCGGCCCUUGCCAAGUGGAGGCAGGUUGUAGUGGGGUUGACGAUGUUGAGAGGAACUCUGAGAAGAUGUCGCAUAAAGAGGCGAGCAGUACUGCCCUCAGGUCACAUGCAUCAGGGUGUGAUAAGACACGUCAGCCAUUAGACAGCUAGGAGCAUGAAGCGCACCACAGGAUAGAAAUGCCAUGAUCUCUUGAAUUUCUGUUUAUUUUAGACCCUUCUGUGAUUGGCCUUGGCAGCACUGUGGGGUAUAGAUGGAACAGGUCUGUUUUAUGGUCACAUGUAUCAGCAUGUUAAUUGAGGAAUCGGUCACAGUGCGCUGUUAACGGAUCAUACCAAGAGUGUCCUCCACUCAAACCUUCCCUCCGGAUUUCAGUUACUGAGCCUCAGAGAGCUUGGAAACAAGCCAGCAAACCUUUAUCAUCCGUGGAGCCGGGGGCCCCGGCCUCCGGCUGACUCUCGAUGGUCAGUUCAUUCACAGUAUGCUUCCUGUUUACAGUCCAUAGCGCAAACGGUACCGCUGCAAAAUGGCGACAAUUCUAUGGUGCUUCAAGGAUGAUGAAAAACAUCCGCUCUCAUGUGGCCUUAACAAGCUUAAACAUAGUCAGGGAACGCUGGAGGCAGCUGCCAGGUUGGACGCAAGCGUUUCGCUUCCCUUUUGGUCACAGUAAAAACAAACAAAAUAAGUGGAAGGCGGGACUUCCUCCGGCCUUUUGAUGUCUUGAGGGGAGGCCCGUUAUGAUAAGAUGCCAUUUAGCAUUUUGUCUCUACCACAGCUUUUGUACACAGAACUGGUGCUUCUCUCCAACCCCUACGGCCUUCUCCUGUGGCAGCACAAACCAAACCAGCCAAGUGGGCAGCGAUGUUUUUUGUCAUCCGAAAAAAUUCCUCAUGAUCGAAGACCGCUUGAGAUCAAAUGUGACAUUUUCUAGUUUUACGCAGACUGACGUAAAAUCUACUGUAGAAACGGGCAAGAAUGGGAGUCACCAGGCCGCGUUUUCGUACCCUGGUGAACAACCCCUUUACCGAUUGACACUAUACGCUAUCUUCAGUCAGGUGCAAAUAUUACAAUAUGGUGCGGCUCAACAUUAGUCUUCUGUUUUAUAUCUUUUUUUUAAUUAAAAUAUUUUUGUUGUUUUCUUUUUGUUUUUACCUCCAACCUUUUGAUGUCCCUUUUUCGUGUGUUUGGUUUAACCCCUGUAGUACUUAAUCAUAUAGGGCUGUGCCAAUAGAAUAGCCAAUGACAAAAAAAAGGGGAGUCGGUAUUUUUGUAAUUAGAAUUUUAUCAGCUAACAAAACAACUCCGCUAUCGCAAUUUAGCGCGAUGGGAGUACAACUACAUACCUUCCAUAAAAAUGUUACUCCCCUUUUUUUCCACUUCCUCUGUUUAUGGUAGUUUGUUACUGUGUAACAGUUGGCAUGUUUGAGUGUUACUAUUUCCAUACGGCCUUGGCAAAUGUAUCCGGCACCCCUGGAUUCUCAAAAUUUGGAAGGUAAAGAAUAAAUUUCCCCCAAGAAUUUCCCCCUGGGAUCAAUAAUGCUUAUCUUAAAAAUAUGAACUAAUUAGGUUUUAAAUUCAGGGUUGCCUGGCACCUUUGACCACAGGCUGUACAACCGGUAGUAGGGUGUACAGUAUACUUGAGAAAAUAACUGCUUCUGAAAAUCUACCAGAUCAUGGCCUAGUGAUUUUCUGCUCUAUCCCUGCAAUCGGUAUCUUUAUCUCUUACCUUAAUCCCAGAUAAACUUCAUCCAAAUUUGCCCCUCUGGUUUCCAUAACGUCUAGAAGAGGUUCACGUGAAUUCGCUCAAUUUAAAACUUCCUGAGCGGUAGUAAACAAUAAAAAAACAAAAAAGUAGUGGUUGUUGUGGGAACUGAGUAAACCGCCACAAAACAAGUUCGCGAAUAGCAGGUGACGCAAUUCCAAAUGAUUAAUCUGAUGAGUUUGGUGUAUUUUGACUGAAAAAAAGUGACCCCGAUUUAGACAAACUGUGACAGAAGGCUACAGCCAGAAGUAAACUGGUUUUUUAAUCUGUUCUUUACCAUUGCACUGCAUUUAUUGGGACAGCUUCCAUUUAUUACUAUAUUCCCCAAUCCCUGCCCCUUGCUACUCUGAACAAUGGCAAUUCCUAGAUUUUUUUAUACAAAGACAGGUUGGCCUACUGUUUUCGGUUUGUUACGACUUUUUAAAUUACCUAUGGGAUGUACAAAUGAUUUCUUUGCUUAUAUAUAAUGAAAUAGUAAAGAUUAGGUUAAAGAAACAUUAUAAAUGAAUUUGUGUAAACAAAAAUAAGCUACUACGUGUAGGGACAGCGAGUUUGAACAUAACUCGAGGCCCCAUUUUGUAUUUAUAGAUGGUUUUAUGUCUGGCUGAAUAGUGUAUUGUCAUAAAUUUGUCGAGUGAUCUUAACAAUAACCUAUUGGAUAGUUUUGCAUUCGUUUUUUUCUGCACAACCUACACAGCCCUACAUACGCUAUUAUUUGUUUCCUUUUCAAAUAUAUCUAUAUCUAUCUAUCUAUAUAUAUAUGGAGGGAUUGUUGGAGUUUCAUAAGGUGCUAAACAUUUUAUCUCAAUGAAAUAUAUUAUUAGAAAAAUGAAAUCAGUUUAUUCUGACAAUGACUGUUUUUAAGUUCCGGCAUAUUUUUUUUUUUUUU